AGACUCCCAGAUUGACCCACCUUUCUCAUUGAAGAUACAGCAGCUUUUAGAGUAAUCUUGCGCUUGGUUUGUGUUGAAAUCACAGAAUUCCAGCUUAUCGUGGGGACCAUGAACGAUGUCGCAGCGGCCGGAGGAGGAUCUACGUCGCAAGAAAGGUUGCGAUGCAUGUCGCUCGAGUAAAGUCAAGUGUGAUGAGAAGCGGCCAGCCUGUGGAGCUUGUACAAAGCGGAAUCGUCAAUGCUCCUGGCCGGGAUUGGAACUGAGGCCUGCCGCUCGACGGAGAGGUUACUGGUCUUUGAGGUCCGGAGAGCCAAGGCGGUGCCCACCCCUGAUCCCAAGAGCCAGCAGUUCACUCAUUGAGGGCUUCUUCGCAGAAACAGGUCCCCCCCUCCAGACCCAGCUUGAUCAUGCGUCCCAAGACGACUCCUUUCUGGACGUCGAGUCGUGGGCAGAUAGGGAGAUGGACAACGAAUACACAUUUUCUCCCAUGUCCUUUGCCUAUUCUGUAGACCAUCUUCAACCAUUAGCCUCAAUAUCCGCUGGGUUUGGAGGCACUGAACCCUUAGUUCUGUUCCCAGGGUUGGGAAAUUACUGCGCACCUGGAUUCCAAUCUGUCUUUCAAACACUAUCGGACCAUCAUAUCCCAGCCGCAAACUCCCUAGUUCUCAAUGAGACAGAGGUCCAUGCCCUCGACCAUUAUCAAAAAGCUUUCUCAACCUACAGGACCACUAAACUACCGCGAUGGUCAACUCACAGACUUCUUUUGGACCUGGCCUCCGAGAACUCUAUGAUAAUGCACUUCAUUCUCGCAGUCUCAAUCAAUGACGUUUGCUACCGAAAAGAGAACGAAGCAUCUGCGGAGGCAAAGAGCCACUUCAAAACAGCUCUUCGAGACUUCGUCAAGAUUGUCAAGGAAGACUCGACGGAAAACUACAAACUCGCUAUGGCGGCUUUCCUCUUCUUGUACCUGUAUGUCCCGAAACAACAAUCACUACUACAACAUACCAUUGAUCAGUUGAGCACAACGGUGAGGGACUUCGUCAAACACCAUAAGCUUGACAGCUUGUGUCUGGAGAGCUCGUCAGAAACACUAUCAGCAAGGAGUUUUAUCCCUUCUGAUCGCAAUGUACUUGCUCGUCUUAUAAUUUGGACGUUCGAUGAGGAUGUCAAAUGUGGGUUUCAGGGGUACGGCGGCCAUCUUGCCAAAUACUUGACAGCACAUCGGGAGCGGACCAUGGCUGUCUACGAAGUUUCUCGCGUGGCUCUUCGAGCAUUCUGGGGUACCACCUACCCGCAAGAUCAAGCAGACGACGACGAUGACAACGCCAUGGAGUUAGAGCUGCUCUGGGUGCUAACUGCCUUGUGGCAAGACAUCAAUGAGCUUACUCAGAAAGCAUGCCUCGACUACACCGAGUCAUGCGAGGAUAUCAAUCAAAGGUUUAAUCUAGUGCCGAAGAAAUACUGCUCUGUCUUCCAAAACUCAGCCAUGACGGAUAUGCCUCGUUCUCGAGUUCAAAUGAACGCAGAUUAUGAUGUGGUUCUGUUCAACGCCCUCAAGGUGUAUUAUUUCCGAACGAAAGUAGCGGAGACUGAGUCAGAAACCCCGCCAGAAAUUCAAGCAGCAUUGAAGAAUAUCCUGACCAUUAUUCGGCGGACAUUUGCUUCCAAUGGCAACGAACUACAUGACCGGUUACAGUGGCCUCUUUUCCUUGCUGGCGUUGAGACGGAUGAUGGUUUUUAUAGCGAUUGGAUACUUUCGAGGAUUUCGAAAAAUCGUGCCAGAGCGGCUCUGGAGACAGUAAUCCAGCGUCAGACUUAUUCCGGGAAAAGUUUAAAGCGCUUGUCGAUACACCAAAUUCGGAGUUUGCUCUUUGGGGGUCAGGAAAAUGAGUAUUUGACUUUGCCUGAUGCAGGGCGGGAUUCGCUUUGGGACGCGCUUGAGGAGCUUUAAUAUUGGACGAAUGAGACCAUAAUGGUUGGGAUGGGGCGUUUUUAAUUUGUUGAUAUGGGACUCCACUUUGAAUUUAGAUCUUGGUUUUACUCCACUUGUCUACGAACCAUCCUUCAAUCUGACC